GCUCGAAUGUUUUCCUCCCACCGUGUCGUUGUUGCCGAGGAGUCGGCACGGGUACGCGGUCGUGUCGCUUGUGCGCAGCACUCUGAACCCUAUAUUCUUUACUGUACGGAAAACAAGAGUCUAGCUUGUAUCCAGUGCUUCAAUGAGCGUCCAGCAGAAGACAGACACUACUCGUUUCGAUCGAUGCUGGUUACAAGUCCUGUACCGAAAAAAUCGAGAAAUGGGCUAUGA